AUGGAAGAAAGCCUGAUCGGCGGACUGACGGCCCGCGGCAAGGGGAAGGCGCCGGCCCCGCCGCCGCCUCCGCCGAACCGUGAGGAGGAGAACGGCGGUGGGCACCGCCGCGGGCAGAGGAGGCGUAUCUGGCCGCGUGGCCGUCGCGCGGUCGUAGCUCUCGUCGCGAUGGUCGCGGCGGCCGUCUACUUUCUCCUCGCUGACGCCGUCGCCGAGCCGCCACCGGCCGCCUGGUUGCUCGUGGCGUAUCUUAUCUGGAUCAUCGGGCUGAAUAUGCUGGUUUCGUUGAUGAACUCACGCGGGUAA